AUGGCGGGUUCCAAGGGUAAGGAGGCAUUUCGUAGGCCUCUGCGCCAACUCAAACUUCUUCCCAGGAAAAGCUCAGCCUCGCCGGGCCUUUUCUCCUCGAGCUCCGCUCACCACACACGGUCUCGACACCGACCUCUGACUCAGUGCCAAAGUUUGGCAGAUGCUGAGUUAGGAGAAGAUGUCGGUGUCGUUUCCCCCUCUCCUGGUGCUGGCUCUCCUUCAGACCACGUCUAUCCAGCCCAGAUACAUGAUUGGACAUCCGUUAAUCUCUCUUGGACUUCAUUGGACAUCCGUUAUUCUCUCUUGGACUUCAUUGGACAUUCCGUUAUUUGGGCGCAGCAGAGGCUCAUGGUCACGUGGUGUCUCAUUGGCCGGUGA